AUGACAAACGAAGCAAAGAAGUUUUGGAAUGACAAAAUGACCCAUUUAUUCUAUCUUUAUGAUGCCGAUCGAGACGGUUCAAUUACUCCUGUUGAUUUCGAGAUUCUUGCUGAUAAACUCUCGACACUCGUUGGUCAAGAUGAUACAAAACGACGUGAAGAGUAUGCAACUGCAAGAAAGACUCUCUGCCAAGAAAUAAUGCGAGCUGAUGCUAAUAAAGACGGGAAAAUAACGUUAGAAGAAUGGCUUGACUAUCACACACAUCUUGCUAAUGAACUACGUAAACCGGAUACAAAUCCUGAAAUCUUAGAGCAACUAUCCGAACGUAUUAAUACAACGUUUAAUAUGAUUGAUCUUAAUCAUGAUGGUUAUAUCGCUAAAGAUGAAUGGCUCAAAACCUGUCAAUUCUUCGGUGUUGAUCAACAAACUGCCGAGAACUCCUUUAGACAAAUAUCCAACGGAGAUAAAUUAGAAGAGGACAAAGCGAAAAGUCUCUUUAUUGAAUAUUUAAAAUCGGAUGAUCCAAAUCAUAUCUCGAAUUGUUGCUUAUGUUUUCUCUAA